GCAGUGGUUCCCAUUGACAAUGGCUAACUGACCGUUUCUGGGUGGGAGCAUCCGAAGCCAAUGAUGGUCACCCAAUGCAGCUGGAUUGUGCAAACACCAUGUUGUGUCACUGAGUACCGUACUGUGGAACGCUGGACAUGAAACUGAAGCUAUGUAAAUCCUGAAUGAUGGAGUGUUCAUGGAAAGUCCUUGUGCUGCUAGUUUUUACAUCGCUGGGCAUUCAAUACACAGCCAUCAAGUCUCUCAGGACAACCAUGAUGUCAUCGUGUGCCAACACGAUGGCUGAAAACCGAUGUGGGCACCUAAAAGAUAACAUUACAAGAGCAUUGUGUGAAGAUGUCAACACCCAACAAAGCAGAAAACAUAUACUGAUAUUUGCCACUGCCAGAAGUGGGUCAUCUUUUCUUGGCCAGCUGUUUAACCAAAAUCCUGAUGUCUUUUACUUGUUUGAGCCCCUUUACCUUGUUCAAUAUAAACUUGCAAACAGGUACCCUGCCAUAGACAGGCGAUCACUUCUUGGGGCCUAUAGGGACUUGCUUCAGAAUCUGUAUGACUGUGACUUUUACCUCCUUGAGAACUAUAUCAAACCAACACCCAAGGAUCACGUGGCAUUGUCAUUUUUCAGACAUGGAGCAAGUAACGCUUUGUGUUCACCACCUGUGUGUGAACAGCUAGAAAGACUUGAGGAAAACAUAUGCUCAAAGAAGUGCCAAAGGGUAAACUUAACUUUGGCUUCCACUGCUUGCCGGUCGUAUAGAUAUAUGGCCAUUAAGACAAUAAGGAUUCCAGAGAUUGACCAUCUGAGGACACUUGCAGAGGACCCUCGACUAAAUCUUAAAAUUAUUCACCUGGUCAGAGACCCCAGAGCUGUUCUAGCCUCAAGGAUUAGUACUUUUGUAGAUCAAUAUAGGCUUUACCAAAUUUGGAACUCCUCUGGCAAAAUGCCACAUAACUUAGACCUGAACCCCAUCAAAAACAUGUGCAUUGAUUACAGUAAGUCAGUAGAGACGGCCUUCGGUAGACCUUCUUGGUUAAAAGGGAGAUACAUGCUUAUCCGAUAUGAAGACCUUGCCAGAGAUCCAGUCAAGAAAGCCAAUGAGAUUUACAACUUUAUAGGCUUAGAAUGGAAAGACAACCUAACUGCAUGGAUUGAGGAGAACACCAAUGCUUCUGUCCCCUCUAACGUGAGCAAAUUUACAACAAACAGAAACUCAUCAGAGACUGCUGAAAAUUGGAGGCUCCAUUUGCAUUUUAACAUUGUCCAAGCCGUUCAGGAAUUAUGCAAUAAAACUUUAUUCCAGUUUGGUUAUCAAUCAGUAGACUCCAUACAUCAACUGAAAAACCUCUCACAAACCCUGAUUGAACCGAGGGUAUUUUUACCAUUUAUUUAAAAAAGUGGAGAGAGGGCCAAAAAAUCUGCCAAAAGCCUUAAAACCAACUAAAGGCUACAGUGAAAAUAUAGAAGAAUUUGCAAAUUCACAAGACAUAAAGAGAGCACGCUAAGGCAGCUAGAGAAAAUUAAUUCUCAACUGACAAAUUGUGCAUAGAACAGCGCCUUUCAAGUGAAAAAAAUGUUUCAAUCACUUUAAUAUAAAUAAGAGAUGACUUCCUUUUUAAAUUAAAUUAUAUUUGCUA